AUGUCCGCUGGUCUCCUGAUUACUCCAUGCACAGGAGAUAACACGACAAUCCUGUCAUUUGCAGCAUCCCGGUUCUUUAUCCCAGAAAAUAACAACACCAUUCCUUCCACGUAUGCUUGUUGGAUAUAUGUCGUAUAUAUAAGCACACCGCACACGCCACAAAAGACAUUCGCCAUCUUUAAGACUUUAACAAUGCCCGGCAAGCCCGGCAUUCUCACGAUCUUGCUCUUUGCGGCGUCCGCCCUCGCCGCGGCGGCGGCGGCGGACACCGCCAACAUCGCCGUCUACUGGGGUCAGAACGCCACCGAGGGCACGCUCAGGGACACAUGCGGCACGGGACUCUACGCUUACGUCAACCUCGCGUUCCUCUCCAUCUUCGGCGCCGGCCGUGCUCCGGUCCUCAACCUCGCAGACCACUGCGACCCACCCUCGGGGUCGUGCGCGACCCUCGCCGCCGACAUCGCGUCAUGCCAGUCCGCCGGCGUGAAGGUGCUUCUCAGCAUGGGCGGCGGCGCGCUCGGGUACAACCUGUCCUCGCCCUCCGACGCGCAGGCCGUGGCCACCUACCUAUGGGACAACUUCCUGGGCGGCACCGCCGCGGGCGCCGCCGCGGGCGCCGCCGCGCCCCGCCCGCUCGGCGACGCGGUGCUGGACGGCGUCGACUUCGACAUAGAGGCCCCGUCGCUGUACUACGACGACCUCGCCAGGAGCCUGACGUCGCUGUACAAGGGCGACACCGGCGGCAAGAAGUACAUGCUCACCGCGGCGCCGCAGUGCCCGUUCCCGGACGCGUCCCUCAAGACCGCGCUCGCCACGGGGCUGUUCGACCGCGUGUGGGUGCAGUUCUACAACAACCCGCCGUGCCAGUUCGCGCGCGGGGACGCGGGCACGCUCCAGAGCGCGUGGGGGCAGUGGACGGCGGCUCUGCCGUCGGCGUUCGUGUACCUCGGCCUGCCGGCGUCGCUGGAUGCUGCCGGCAGCGGGUUCGUCGACGCGGACACGCUCGUGUCGCAGGUGCUGCCGAUGGUCGAAAGCGCGCCCAAUUACGGCGGGGUCAUGCUGUGGAGCCGCUCCUACGACAAGGUCUCUGGUUUUAGUGUGAAGCUGCAGAGCAACUUGCAGAACCGGAACAAAAACACAGGGAACGGCGCAUCCUCAGAUUACAAAAAGAGAAUAUGUAAGUGGUUACUUUUUUUUUCUGACUAUGUUUCCUUACUCCAUAGAGUGACAGUACAUACAUAGACUAGCUCAAGAGUUUGGAAGUUGGUGAUUUCCUUGCCAUUUCAUUUCAAUGCAUUGCAUUUUAAACCCCCUAUUGUUUAUACAGAUAUAAUAGUAGGAGUCAUUGGUGGCAUCUUCCUGCUGCUCCUGCUUCUUACCACUUGUUUCAUCUGCCAUAAGAAAUACCGCGGCUUGUCGCCUCCUGUGGAGGGAUCGACCACCCCUCCAAGCAAAGAGCCAUCUGAACC